ACCCGUCGUGAAGCAGGAACGCGGCCCCCAGUAUAAAGCCGUGUGGCUCCCGAUAAACUUUUCCUCCUCUCGUGUCCGCGGUAGCAGCAGUACUGUGUGUGCGCGCGCGUGUGUGUGUGUGUUUGUGCGUGUCCGUUUGGAAACGGUUUUGUUCUGAUUUUUCCUUCCACAUUUCGGCACGCAUCAUCUGAUCGGCAGCAACCACCAUCAUGUACCACCUGAAGACGAUCGCCAAGAAUGCCACCAUCAAGCAGGAGGUGGCCACGCUGGUGAAGGCUGUUGCCGCCUCCCAGCAACCCCAGGCAGCUCUGCUUAACCAGCAGCAACCGAGACGCACCUAUGCCGAGCACCAGAUCCCGGAGCGCCUGAAGGACGUGUCGACCGCGGCCAAUCCGCGCUUCUUCGACAUGGUCGAGUACUUCUUCCACCGGGCCUGCCAGAUCUGCGAGGACAAGCUCGUCGAGGACAUGAAGGGGCGCACCUCGAUGGAAGAAAAGAAGAAGAAGGUGAAGGGCAUCCUGAUGCUGAUGCAGCCGUGCGAUCACAUCAUCGAGAUUGCGUUCCCGUUGCGGCGCGAUUCCGGCGACUACGAGAUGAUUACCGGCUACCGGGCCCAACACUGCACCCAUCGUACCCCGACCAAGGGCGGUAUCCGUUUCUCGCUGGACGUGUCGCGCGAUGAGGUGAAAGCCUUGUCCGCCCUGAUGACCUUCAAGUGUGCGUGUGUGGACGUACCGUUCGGUGGCGCUAAGGCCGGUGUCAAGAUUGACCCCCGGAAGUACUCCGAGCAUGAGCUGGAAAAGAUCACCCGCCGUUUCGCACUGGAACUGUCCAAGAAGGGCUUCAUCGGGCCGGGCAUUGACGUGCCGGCACCGGAUAUGGGUACGGGCGAGCGCGAGAUGUCCUGGAUCGCCGACACCUACGCCAAAACGAUCGGCCAUCUUGACAUUAACGCCCACGCGUGUGUCACCGGCAAGCCAAUCAAUCAGGGUGGUAUCCAUGGUCGUGUUUCCGCCACCGGACGCGGUGUUUUCCACGGAUUGGAUAACUUCAUCAAGGAGGCGAACUAUAUGGCGCAAAUCGGCACAACCCCCGGCUGGGGUGGCAAGACCUUCAUCGUGCAGGGCUUCGGUAACGUUGGUCUGCACUCGUGCCGUUAUCUUACCCGUGCCGGGGCCACCUGCAUCGGUGUGAUCGAGCACGAUGGUUCAAUCUUCAACCCGAAGGGCAUUGAUCCCAAGGCGCUGGAGGACUACAAGAAUGAAAAGGGCACGAUCGUGGGCUUCCCGGAUGCCCAGCCGUACGAGGGCGAGAACCUAAUGUACGAGCAGUGCGAUAUCUUCAUUCCGGCCGCUGUCGAGAAGGUUAUCACCGCUGAUAAUGCCGGCAAGAUCAACGCCAAGAUUAUUGCCGAGGCUGCUAACGGUCCGACCACGCCGGCCGCUGACAAGAUCCUGAUCGAUCGCAACAUUCUCGUCAUCCCGGAUCUGUACAUCAACGCUGGUGGUGUGACGGUUUCGUUCUUCGAGUGGCUCAAGAACCUGAACCACGUCUCGUACGGUCGUCUUACGUUCAAGUACGAGCGCGAAUCGAACUACCAUCUGCUCGCCUCCAUUCAACAAUCGUUGGAACGAUUCGUCUUUAGCGACGAAGAGAAAUCCGUGCAAGCCUCGCUGGAGCGUCGCUUCGGUAACGUUGGCGGCAAGAUCCCGGUGACACCAUCGGAAGCAUUCCAGAAGCGCAUCUCGGGUGCCUCCGAGAAGGACAUCGUACACUCCGGUCUGGACUACACGAUGGAGCGCUCGGCCCGUGCCAUCAUGAAGACAGCAAUGAAGUACAACCUGGGUCUGGAUCUGCGCUCCGCUGCCUACGUCAACUCGAUCGAGAAGAUCUUCCAGACGUACCGCGACGCCGGUCUCGCCUUCUAAGCUCACAUUCCUGCCACCUCACACGCGGGUGCGCCUCCUCGUAGCUGUACGCCAUCGCCCGGGCCCCGGUUGUGGAUGUUCUGAACCAAGCAAAACCGAACGUUCGAUGCGAACCAAACAACACUAUUCUAUUACCAGCCACAGACAGCCUGCAACGGGAAUCGGGGAGUGGGCGAGAUAGAGGCGCAACCGCCAUAAGAACAUUGCAUUCCGCAGCCUGGUUCGAGGGUUUUUUGUAACGAUGAUGAACCAGACCACAUCUGCACUUUGGACACGAUCGAAACAAACCGUACCUUCCUUCCACGCAGAGAACUACUUUAUUCGCCGAUGCAGAGUACUACUUUCACGAUUUCGAAGGACUUCGUUUCCUGCUACCUCAACGCUGCUGUGUGUGCGUGUGCCGGCGGAGAACGGGGAACAAGGAUGUGUGGCAAGAUUACGGCUACGUUAGUGACGAUGGCAUCGUCCUCGAACCUACCUACAUUCCACUAGCAUGUAAAGUUUUAUUUCCGGCACAUCCCUGCUAGCAGAAGCGACGAUUGAGAGGAAGAAGAAGAAGCUGCCCAAACCGUGAUUGCUUAUAUAGAUGGGUACACAUUACGAGUAUUUCAUUACUUUUUCUUUUGCUGAUGUCGUUGCGGUCUUUUCGCGCAUUUUUGUGUUUCAUUCUCACCCGCGUACUUACGUUUAUCGUGAUACAUUUAAACCCAAAACUGGCAUACUUAAACGCGUUGUCGUUUUGCGACAACAUGGAGCCCCCCGGAAGCGAACCGUACACAACCGAGUUCAUCGGGGAAUAUAGAAUCGGGAGCGAAAAGAAAUCAAGCAGCGAAAUCGAAACACAAAACUGCCCACGGUAAGCACCACCUCUCAGACUAAGCGUAGCAAAACCCGAACAAGCGUUUCAAAAAACACACACACGAAAAAAAAAGCUGGCGCAGCGCAAAAGUGAAAAAAAGCUAUUAAAUAAAGCGAACGUAACAU